AUGAGAUUGCGGAACCGGUCUAUCCAUCGCCUGCUGAAACAAUUGACCGAGGUUCAAGGCUCAGACGAUCUCCGUGCUGGUCUAAUUCGAUGUGGGAAGCUACUACCACCUACGAGCGCUUCCGCGUUGUUGACUGCUUACUGUCUCCGCCUCGCCGUCAAGUUGAACGUACAACAGACACCUUGGGGUGAACGCUCUCGACAAAGCAUGAAGCGCAGUGCAGCUGGCCAGAAACAGACACGAAAGUCAUCUCGUGCUCAGCGAACGUUACAUCCAUCCGCCCAAAUGCUUAAGAACGAGCAGGACCCAGCCCCGCAUGACGAAGGUUCUCCUGGCCAAGACGAUGGAAGCUCGCCGCAACCGGAUCCUCUUACCAGUGAUGAGUCGACGGUAAUACAGCGUUCGGUUGAUCCUUCUCGCAACUUCCAUCAUGAGAACAGGGACAUGCGCACUUCUCCACGUCCGCCUUCAUUGACACCGACAGCUCGCAUGCUGCAGGGCAAACUAGACAACCAGCAGAAGCUCGUUUUACAACAGCAAACUGAAACUGCCGGUGGACUUCAAAGUCCUACGCUGUCGUGCGGUCAAUUGCCUGCAAGCCUACCUGCCACGUCCGACAUCCCUGCUCGCCAUAAAACAAUACAGAAAGGUCGAUACUCUGUUGUGGAGACUGGGUCCUCGGCACGCUUGUCGGUUACCACAGAAAAUUUUCCCGCAGAUAACGGAUUCAGUCAAGCGGCCGCAAGCCUCGUUUCGCCCAAUAUCCACGCGACCGGCCAUCUCUCACGAAGUCCCUCUCGCGGCCUCCCUCAGAAAUCGGACAGUCGCCCUUCUAUGAGGGCUGGGUUGAAAGGGCUCAUGCCGAUCAUGGAGGAUCCAUGCGCGGAAUCGGUUGUGACGGCAGGCCAAAGACGAGGUACGCCUUUCAGAAGCGUCGAUCAAGUAUCGAGCAAGGCAGACGUCCGCGCACAAUACGGUAGCAAUCCUGAUGGACCUGCCCCAGAAGGAAGGGUUGCUGACACUGAAUGGAACUCCUACGAUGACGAUAACGAUGAUGACGGCGAUGGAGGCGACAACGCCACCAUACUGAAAGAGUUCGAGCUCAUAGACUCCUCUUUUCAGGCUGUCGCAAAAUGUUUGAACAUAUCCUUGGGGGACGUGCUUGCGCGCUAUGACACCUACCGACUGGACUCAGAGGAGGAGCAGCUUGCGUAUAAACUCUAUGAAGGCUACUAUUCGGAACACGUCAUGGAAGAAUCCAGCCGAGUGCCCGCAGCCACGAAUGACAACGAGAGCAAUGACGCUGAUCACAUAUACAACUGUUGGCGACAAUUCCGACGCACCCAUCCUAUGACGUGGCCAUCUAUCAUCAAGCUUGAAGACAGAAUGUCUGACAUCGCCAUUGAUGGCAAUGCGCCUCAAGAACGCGAGCAUCUGUCAAAUUACUUCACGCAAAGGCUGACAUCCUUGCUCAACGCUCUUGCUGAGAAUCACGGAUUGCAUUCCGUGCUGAUCAUGGCUGGGAAUAACAUCGUGAAGGAUGGCGGGAUAGGAAUGGCGUACGAAUCGUCGGAAAGUGAGGGAUUCCUACGCAAGCUCACCCACGCGUCAACCGAUGAAGCCAUUGGGCAUCUCAAAGCUCAUGUCUGGCACAACCACUCCACUGCCCGCAUCAUUAUGUCUUCCACUCUCAUCCACAAUGAUUUUGCUUCAGAUUGUGUGAACAUGGGUGCGGACACAGGAGCUCCUCUGAUUGCUCCCACAGAGCAUGUCGAUUGGCUGUCAGACGUCUCAGCCAAAGGGAAGCAUGCUGCCUUGUCCGAAAUAGAGGGCACAUUUGAAGAACUAUUACGGACGAACGGCAUGACUGAGAAAUAUAGAGGCAGCAAACAUCUCUUACCAACCUUGUUUGAUUUAGGCCUGGCAUGUUUUAAUUGGCCAGAUGACGUUCCGUGGACCAUUCUGUAUGAUGACAAUGCUGGUCUAGCAGGUCUUGACCACACCCAGGUUGAUCGCUUGUACUUCGCUCUCAUUGAGGCUCCCCCAGAAGAUCGCAUCCAUGUGGACAAGCAUUCUUCGAUAGGUGACAAAGGACCAGCUCAUAAUGGCUCCUUGGUUCUUCAAGGUGUUGAUACCGCACGCAAGGGUCGACCCUGCCUCAAAGUGUUCAUCGCACGAAGAGAAGAUCAUGAGGCUGUCUAUACCAGCACUCAUCAAGCCGACAAUUCCGCCUCAGAGCAUAACUGUGCAUCUGUUCUUUAUCGUGGCGCGAAGCGGGAGGCACAAAUAGACGAUCAAGUUGGUCCUUCCAAACGAAUUCGUACUGCAGCAAAUUCAAGCACCGGAGUGUCUGGGGUUCACGAUCCUUCUGACUUGAACAAGGGACUGAAAGAUGGAACAGGGAGACGCUCUGCAGUGGGGUGGCGACAGGGCGACGAAGGAUCUCGCGCGACGUCUGGGCCCGAGUCAUCAGAGGCACAGGCAAAACAUGAACAUGAAGCGGAAGGUACAGUCGCUCGCUCUUCACAUGAUCCAAUAGUGCUGAAUUCAGAAGUGGCACGUACACAAUCUAAAGGAAAGCGGCGACAAAUCGAGGAAGGAUCCAAAACGACGUCGGGGCUGGGGUCAUUCGAGGCACAGGCAAAACAUGAAGCCGAAGUGAUUCAUUCAGAUCUAGAACGUACAGGCUCUGCAAGAAAGCGGCGACAAGUCGAUGAAGGAUCUCACACGACGUCGGGAGAGACGCGAGCACACCAUAACGUCAGCACACUCAAGAUUCAUGUCCAACCGCCGACACCCGCGAAGCCUCUAGCUGCAGCCAGCUCAGAAAUCAGCAAGUCCCUCGCCUCCCAGCAAUCGAUUGGGGCGAGUCGUGGAGCUGCUAUAACGGAGAGGGCACCCUCUGGUUCUACCCAGUCAGCGGGGCGGGAUGCACAAGCCAUACAGGAGGACGUCAAGGACCGGAAUGACUCCUCGGAGCUCUCUCGUCCAAGCUAUGUGCACCCAAUUGGGUCUGUUCACUACGGGACGGAGCACUACGCUGACGACCGGAGUGGGAGCCAUGGUAUUUUGGGGACCAGCACUGGGAAUAUCAUAUCCACGCCGCACAUGCCCAUCACAACUGCUGGCCAUGCAGAAGCUGCAGUGCAUUUACCUGACAACUCGCGCCACGACACCGUAUUCAAUACGGGGACGCCUUAUGCGAAUGUAGCCACGCUUAUGCAGCCGGAGCUGGGUCGAAGCUAUGUCCGGUACCCGCAGGAGGUCUUGGAUCUGGCCGAGCAGGUUUGGGUCUUGAAGAACUCGGGAGCCAUUGGGGCUAUGGCUCGUAGAACGACCUCCGAACACAGAUCCAGUGUUAGCAAUGCGUUCGAUGUGACAUACGGCAGAGCAGAACGUACUCUUGUCCCUGUCAUGUCUUGCAUCGACGUACACCUCCUCCGGUAUCUUGCUCAUUAUCUCACGGAUCGCACAUUGUACACGACGCUUCGACAGUUCCUCAGGCCUCAAGCUGAUGGACCAAUCGGUUCUACGGUGCCGCAAGGCGCCAACCAUACUGCGGCGGGGAAGGCAGGUGGCGGGCAAGGCAAUGUGACGGGGUGGUGA